AUGGAUAAGGUAUCUGCGUUUGGAAAGAAUUUCUCGGCAACCUUCACGCCGUUCGCCGCCCGCACGCAGCAGUAUGUUAAGGAGCAACUUGGACAGGCUGAGGAUAAGACUCAGCUCCCCCCGGAUUACAUUGAGCUCGAGAAAAGAGUAGAUGCUCUUAAACAAGUUCAUCAGAAAAUGCUACAGGUUACAUCGCAAUACAACUCGGAAGCCUACGAUUAUCCUGCCAAUCUCAAAGAAAGUUUUGGAGACCUCAGUCGAACUGUCAGUGAGAAGGUCUCACUCCUCUCUUCCGUAACCUCUGCUGCCGACGCCCAAGCAGCUCUCACAGCUCCUCCAUCCACAAAGCCUCAACCAAAGACCUUCAACCAUGCACUUGCUCGUGCGAGUUUGGCUAGCAGCCAGCUGCUUCAACAGCAACACGCGGGAACUGGAGAAGAUCCGCUUGCUACUGCGUUAGAAAAAUAUGCGCUUGCUAGUGAGCGAGUUGGUGAAGCGAGACUUACCCAGGAUUCCCAGAUCCAAAGCCGCUUCCUUGCUGGGUGGAGCACAACCUUGAACACAAACUUGAUGUUUGCGACUCGAGCCAGAAAGAGCGUCGAGAACUCGCGAUUGAUGCUCGACGCGGCCAAAGCGAAAGCUAAGAGCCCUGGAUGGACGUUACCCGGUCAAAACAAACCACACGGGGAGAUGCACGAAGACGAAACCACGGAAGAAGCACGUGCAGAAAUUGAGCAAGCUGAGGACGAAUUUGUCGGUCAAACUGAGGAGGCUGUUGGCGUCAUGAAGAAUGUGCUUGAUACACCAGAGCCGCUCCGAAACCUGGCCGAUUUGAUUGCUGCACAGCUCGAAUUCCACAAGAAGGCAUAUGAGAUUCUCAGCGAGCUUGCACCGGUGGUCGAUGGUCUUCAAGUUGAGCAGGAAGCCAGCUAUAGAAAGUCUCGCGAUGGACCAGCUUAG